UAGUGAUCCAAUGGGUGGGUUUCCACGCAACCGGGUAUGGCGGAACCCCCGCCCAAACUCCGGGCAGCCGCCGCGACGUCAUGGCCGGAGCUGCUCGCGCCAUUCGACCUCUCUCGCCUCCGAAGCACGCUCUCCUCCCGCCCGCUCACCCCGCACCGUCUCGGGCGCCUCCUCGCGCUGCCGCUGUCCCCGGCCACCUCCCUCCUCCUCCUCCAGUGGUACGCCGCCUCCCACCCCGUCCUCUCGUCGCACCCCCUCCGGCCCUUGCUCGCCGCCGCUGACGCAGACCCAGAGCGCGCGCUCUCCCUCCUUGAAUCCCUCCCCUCCUCUCGCCACCCCCCUCUCCGGGAGACCCUCCUCAUACCGCUCCUGCGCUCCUUGCGCCCUGGCCGCGCCCUCCACCUGCUCGACCAGUUGCCCAGCCGAUUCGCCGUCUCGCCGUCCUUCCGCUCGUACAACACCGUCCUCGCGGCACUGGCCAGGGCGAACUGCCACGCCGAUGUGCUCACGCUCUACCGCCGGAUGGUCCACCGGGACCGCAUCCCACCCACCACCUUCACCUUCGGUGUCGCUGCGCGCGCGCUCUGCUGCCUCGGGCGCGCUGAUGAGGCGCUCGCGAUGCUCCGCAGCAUGGCGCGGCAUGGGUGCGUGCCCGAUGUGAUGCUCUAUCAGACGGUCAUCCACGCUCUGUGUGCCCAGGGUGAGGUCGCCGAGGCUACCACGCUCCUCGACGAGAUGUUCCUCAUGGGGUGCUCUGCUGAUGUCAACACGUUCAAUGACAUUGUGCACGGGCUAUGCAUGCUUGGGCGUCUCCGUGAUGCUGCGAGGCUUGUGGACAGGAUGAUGAUAAGAGGCUGCGUGCCAAACACCAUGACAUACGGGUUCCUUAUCCAGGGCCUGUGCCGAGCAAGGCAGGUGGAUGAGGCACGCACAAUGCUCGGGAGGGUGCCAGAGUUGAAUGUCGUGUUAUUUAACACGGUGAUUGGCGGGUGUCUUUUGGAUGGGAAGCUAACAGAGGCGAUGGAGCUGUAUGAGAUAAUGGGAUCAAAAGGCUGCCCACCAGAUGCACACACUUACAGUAUAUUGAUACAUGGGCUUUGCAAGCUUGGGAGGCUUGGUUCGGCCAUGCGGUUGCUUAGAGAGAUGGAGGAUAAGGGUUGUGCUCCAAACAUAGUAACCUACACGAUCUUGCUGCAUGGUUUUUGCAGGAAUGGCAUGUGGGAUGACAUGAGAGCAACGCUGAAGGUAAUGUUGGCAAAUGGCUUGAGUCUGAAUUUGCAAGGAUACAAUGGAAUGAUUUAUGCUGUAUGUAAGGAAGGCAGGAUGGAUGACGCGAUGUCACUCAUGCAAGAGAUGAAGAGUGAAGGUUGCAAGCCUGAUAUCUGCACAUAUAAUACAAUAAUUUAUCAUCUCUGCAACAAUGGCCAGAUCGAGGAGGCUGUGUAUCUAUUUGAAAAUUUGGUUGACGAGGGUGUUGUUGCGAAUAGAAUAACUUAUAAUACACUCAUUCAUGCACUGUUGUGCAAAGGAAGUUUGCAGGAUGCCAUACGGCUUGCAAAUGAAAUGGUACUUCAUGGUUGUUCACUUGAUGUUGUUAGCUAUAAUGGUCUGAUUAAAGCCCUGUGCAAAGAUGGGAAUGUGGAUCGGAGCAUGGUGUUGCUCGCGGAAAUGAUAGAAAAGGGAAUUAAGCCAAAUAACAUUUCAUACAACCUCUUGAUUAGUGAGCUCUGCAAGACAAGAAGGGUGCGUGAUGCACUAGAGCUCUCGAAGGAGAUGUUAAACCAAGGGCUUAGUCCUGACAUUGUCACAUACAACACACUCAUAAAUGGAUUGUGCAAAAUGGGAUGGAUGCAUGCUGCGCUGAAUCUCCUAGAGAAGUUACAUUCUGAAAAUGUGCAUGCAGAUACUAUUACAUACAAUAUCCUCAUUAGUUGGCACUGCAAAGCGAGAUUGCUUGAUGACGCUAAUAUGCUUCUAAACAGAGCAGUGACUGUUGGGAUAACACCUAACGAGCGCACUUGGGGAAUUAUGGUGCAAAAUUUUGUCAGACAGCCACUCAAUUUUUUAUCCGACGAGGUUGAAGGGCAUUAAUUUUCUUUUUGCCGUGUACUGUAUGUUGGUUGUCAUGGCUUUUGGAGUUUACUACAACUACAGAUGUUGUAAAGAUCAGAAUGGGCAGCUCAUGGUGUCCAUCAUAAUGUUCACCAUGCUUGACCUGGUCCAUCAAUUUGUUAAUCCAAGAUUUGGCUCAGGAGAGUGCAGCAUAUGCAGGUAGACACGAAGACGGCGAGUCGGUGACCAUGGUUGCUCUGUUGAGUUCAGGGGAGCAAAUCAACCGAGGAACUCUGAUCUUAUGAUUUUUAGAAUGGUUUAUGUGUAAGCCACAAAUUUUCGUGCAUCAAACUGUAAAUCUUAACGAGGAUAUGUGUGCUAUUUGUUAACCACAUCAUAUUGAAGUUGGUAACUCAACAUACCCACUGCAUAUUAGUACCCUAGUGAAUGCCUGAAAAUAUUAUCCAUUCACCAAAAAUAUCACUGCGACUGAAUACAUGUUUCUGUACUAAGUAUAGUUGUUUUCAUGUCAUCUAGAUCGUACCAAAUAUAGUAACAAUCAAAUCUGCAAUUCUGGGCAAGGUUAAAUGCUACUCCCCCCAUUCCAUAAUAUAAGACCGUGUGCCACAGGUAUAUUAUGGGAUGGAGGGAGUAUUAAAAAACUAGUCUUGGUUUAGUAUGGCAGUAAUUGUUGGUCACAGCCAUUAAAAUGAUUUAUUAGUUCUAUCAGGUUAUUUAAACUGCGGCAAGGAAUGAACAUUACAGCUUAUCUGCGUCAUGACCCUCUCUGAUUUUCGUUGAUGUUGUUUCAUUCCUUGUCCAAGUAAUGCUUGUAAGUCUUUUGUCUGAAUUGAAAUAUUACGUCAUAUCUGUAUAUUUUACCCCGCAUCAUCUUCAAAAAGAUGUUUCUUUUCCGCAGCCCAGAGAGAGCAUUAUUGUGGACGCCGGUGAGCAUCCUUCUUCCUUCUGAAUUGUGUCUAAUUGCCUCUGGUCAUAAACAGCAAGCCACUGAUGGAGGAGCCGUCCAGUUCAUGCUGCGAUUAUUCAAGCUUUCCGUACUAAGAAAGCACUGACUGCCAGGAAAAGGAAGUGGACCGUGUGCCACAGGACAUAGGUCCGCUUUUCACGCAAAAGGGCGCACCUGACCACCCAGGAGGCGCACAAAGGCACGCUGAAGCGAAAUCAUUCUCUUGUCGGCCCUGUAGCUUAGCAGAUGUGUGCAGACUCUGUAGGCUACUGUUUAACUGUUAUUGUUGUGGGAGCCAUUGGCUAUUUAUGCAUAAGAUGGAAGGUGAAGUCGGAUUUUUGUGACGGGAAUUGGAUUUUUUCCAGAUGGCUUGCUCUUCGUGAUGUGGUUGGUACUAAUGAACUGAUGGCAGGCAUCAAGACAAUGUGAUGUCAAUUCUGUAUUCAAUCCUUCACUUGAGUGAAUUACUUGUAUCGGGGGCUGCACUUUAUUCUAGACAAAGAAUGUGCAAAUUAUCAAGUGAAAAUGAGUCAUCAGAUGUACUGUUGAAGGAUGGAUAACAUGACAAGCGAUCAAGUUCAUGAAAGGAGUGGUCAAUGUUGGUGCAUAUCUAUAUUUCUUUGAUAUCUGUUGAUACUUAUUAGGUUGGAAGUGCAAAUUCUUGUGUGCUUUCUACAGACUGGGGAGCAAUGUUGUUUUACUGGCAUAUUUUUAUGAUUUCAAAAAAUGUUAUA